AUGGCAGACCUCACGGAACAACUACCUAAAGGAUAUGACGAUUUGUCAACACCUACUAUAUUCAACGACAGGAAUUUGCAUCCAAUUGCAAAAUCAUUCACCACAAACAUUCUUAUAGUUGGUGGGGCUUAUAGUGGGUUAUCUGCUUUGAGGUCUCUACAGCUACGUUUAGAUGAGCAAAUAGAACUCUUUAAACAAAAGCAGCCAUCCUCACCAGCCAGGAAAUUGUCACUUACCAUAGUAGAGCCACGAAAUGGGCUAUUGAACAUCCUUGGCAUCCCUAAAUCAAUUGUGGAUUCUGCAUUUGCAAAGACCCAAUUUGUCCCUUUCAAGGACCUACACAAUUGUCAGUUCACCAACAUAUUUUCUGAUUCCCAGGACGAGUACGACAUAUCGUGGUUUGGCAACGACAAUGAAUGGCUCGACAUAAACUAUGUGCAUGGAAGAGUGACAUAUUUGGACCAGCACAAGGCACAGUAUACACUUGGGUCACCUGCAUCUGAGAAGGCCAUUAUUGAGUUUGACUAUGUGAUUUUGGCCACGGGGCGAGAUAGAAAUUGGCCCACUACGCCUCUGGCCACGACAUACCGCCAGUACAUGCUUGAAAUGGAUAAUACACGACAGGAGAUUGCCAAUGCCGAUACCAUCAGCGUUAUUGGUGCUGGGGCGGUGGGUAUUGAGUUUGCCGGGGAUAUCCAGACCGAGUUCCCACACAAGACCGUCAAUCUAAUCCACCCACACGAGUGUUUCCCACAGGAACCGUUGUCCAACGAGUUCAAAAAGCUCACGCAGGACUCACUUGAACGAGCAGGCAUAAAUGUGUAUCUAAACACCAGAAUCAAACCUGAAUUGACAGAGAAACGUCAUGGCGACCUUGCAACGACAAACAAUAAGAUAAUCCAUUCCAACCUAAACAUAUGGAGCUGUUCCAAACACAACAACAUUGGGUUCCUCUCUCAGCACAUCUGUGAGAAUUACGCGACAAGCACUAAAAACUUGUCCGUCAACCAAUACUUGCAGUUGUACAGUCCCGAAACAAACACCACAAUCAAAAACUUUUUUGUGUUGGGAGAUUUAGUGGAGUUGCCAAUUAUCAAGUCUGCCGGAUGGGCCAUGUACAUGGGCCGACAAGUGGCAAACAAUUUGAGCCAUUUGAUAUUUAAUGGGGUUUUUGUUGAACCGUUCCCGGACUUGAAUGCGAUUCCGUACGGGAUGGUGAUUGUUGGUGGCAACAACGAGAUUAUCAGCGAACUAGCAGGCGAGGUUGAAGUUGACAAUGAACAUUAUAAACAAGAGUAUGAGGACUACUGUAUAGGUAAGAUUAGAGCAACCAUAGAUAUGUAA